GCGGGCGCCCGUUGGGCGGGGCCGGCCGAGCGGUGGGCGGGGCCUGUCUCCUCAGGGGCCCGGCCGCUCUCCUCCCGCCCUGCCAGAGCGCGCUGCUGACAGGGAGCGGCGGCGGUAGCAUGGAGCCGGGCGCGGGGCAGAGGCCGUCCGUCUUCGAGCUGCCCAAGGUAGAACUUCACGUCCACCUGGAUGGAGCCAUUAAGCCAGAAACAAUUUUACACUUUGGCAAGAAAAGAGGAAUUCCGCUCCCUGCUGACACAGUUGAAGACCUCUUGCCGCAUAUCAGUUACUCAGAGCCACUCACUCUCACCCAAUUUCUAGCAAAGUUUGAUAUUUACAUGCCUGCUGUUGCGGGGGACCGCGAUGCUGUGAGAAGAAUAGCUUAUGAGUUUGUAGAAAUGAAAGCAAAUGAAGGUGUCAUCUAUGUUGAGGUCAGAUACAGCCCUCAUUUUUUAGCCAACUGCAAAGUGUAUCCUGUUCCCUGGAAUCAAAAUGAAGGCAACCUCACUCCGGAUGAAGUGGUUAACCUCGUUAAUCAGGGAUUACAGGAUGGAGAAAGGGAUUUCAACAUCAAAGCCAGGUCUAUUCUAUGCUGCAUGCGCCAUAUGCCAAGCUGGUCAUUGGAGGUGGUGGAGCUGUGUAAGAAAUAUCACAACAACACGGUGGUAGCCAUAGACCUGGCUGGGGAUGAGUUGGUGGCUGAGACCUUCCCAGAGCAUAGACAGGCUUAUGAGGAAGCUGAAAGAUGUGGCAUUCACCGGACUGCUCAUGCUGGGGAGAUUGGAUCACCAUUGGUCAUCAAGGAGGCAAUCAAUGUUCUGAAGGCAGAGCGACUUGGGCAUGGCUACCAUGUCCUGGAAGACCCAAGCCUUUACAAGGAGCUGUUGGAUAGGAAGAUGCAUUUUGAGACCUGUCCGAGGUCCAGUAUCCUCACCGGAGCAUGUGAUCCAGAUUACAAGAAACACCCAGUAAUUCAAUUUAUGAAAGAUAAAGCAAAUUACUCUCUGAACACUGAUGAUCCUCUCAUUUUUAACUCUACAAUUGAGACUGAUUACAAAAUAGCUAAGCAGUUCCUGGGUUUCACUGAAGAGGAGUUCAAGAGAGUGAACAUCAAUGCAGCUCAGUCCAGCUUCCUGCCUAACAAAGAAAAGAGAGAGCUUCUCAGUAAGCUGUAUGAAGCCUAUGGGAUGGAUCCAGACAACCUAUUCUAAUCCUACUUCUGUCAGCUGGCUAGGUGCAGUCACCUGUCCCCAUGUGUGCUCAACUCCUCUUUGUUUAGUGGGAGCACUGUCGUGGGGGAGGAGGUGCCAGGGCACCAGCACAUAAUACUGGUGGUAUUAUACUGAUCUUUACAGUCCGAGGCAUGCACUAUAAAGCAGUAUUUCCAUGGUUCCAUGGUAUAGCUCUACCUGCAGAACCAUGGACAAACUAGAUAUCUGAUUUCUUAUAUUUCUGACACACAAAUGUACAGGUGGAGUUUUCUGGCCUGAUUCCAUUAUGGCUUAUGCUAGUUUGACAUCCUGGUAUAAAUGAAAGCAAAAUAAGGCCCUCUUUAUUUGUGAUGGUGAUAUAAUUUUUUUAUGUGACUUUAUGGUGCUCUAGUUCCCUUGCUGAUCUAUCUUAGUCCCUUUCUGCACUACAUUAAUCUUGGUGAGCUGCAGCUGUGGUCAAACUAUGGGAGAAGAUGAGUUGGAGCCAUGUAGUUUAGACACACCCCUAGAGAGGGCUAGUCAUGCCUUAGGAGAAGGCCUGACCUGAACCUGAGCUGAGCACUCUCAAAUCAGCCCUUUUAGGAAGGGACCUCCUGAACCAAUCCCCAUCUGCACUAUCACCGUUCCCACCUUGUCCUUAGGGCUUGGCCUGGUGGGAGCUUCCCACUCCUGACAACUCCUCCUCUGGCCACCUCUUGCCCAUGGGAUCAGCAUGGUGGUGCCUGUCUGUCCCACUCCUGCCAGCUGCCCCUACCUUGCUGCGCUGAAUGUGCUGCAGAGUGGGAGGUAUUGCAAACUUGCAGCUUGCCCAGCUUAGAAGGUCAGGGUUUUUUUCAGAUCUGACCCACCUACUUUUCUGGCGUGUGGAAGACCCCAGAUUAAUUCUCCUCAAUACCUUAUGAAGAGGAAAGAAUUGAAUUUGGAUCUCAUACAUUGCAGGAGAUGGCCCUAGCUUCUGGGCUGUGGCAUCUUCUGGUGUGGGGCUUUCAGUCUUGCUGCUGAAUGCUAUUCUCUUGUAUAUAAAUAAUUAGUCAUUAGAGUCCAGACUUCAGGUUAGGUCUCUCAUUUGCUGAAGGAGUGCCCUAACCACUAACCUAGCACGUCAUUCUCUCUCUUCAUCGUCAUUCAAUGUGGCAGCUCAAAGUUGUUUAUGAAGAUAUUGAAAGAAAGUGAGAGACUCUGUGUCCUGAUGUGUAGGGCACUUUGUUGCACUGAGCGGAGGACCACUCUCCCCAUUCAAACAUUUUUUUUUCCACAUUGGGAUGAGGAGGGGACUUAAUUCUGGUCUCCCACCACUGGACUAAAGGUUAUAAGUGAGGUUCUCGUCCUCCCCCAAACCCUCUUUUGUGAUUUCUUCUUUGCUUUUGACAAAUGGCUCAACUUGAAAAAUGUCACCUUGGAAUGAAAGCUUUUGCUUCAACUUGACUUUUCAACUUUUUGAUUCACAACAUUUUUUACUAAAAUGCUUGUUUUCAAUUCAACACAAAAUGAUUUAUUUUUUAUUUUCUUAGAAUAGCCAACGAACUGAAAAAUUGUCUAUCCAGCAAGUUGUAAUAUGCAUGUUAGAAUCAUAUGCGCAAACUGUCUUCUGACACUAGUAGUUACCAAAAUAAAUAGCAAAACAUUUCAAUACUACAGUUUAUUCUUUUUUGCAUGGAUAAAAAAGACCGUGUUAAAACACAGUUUGGCCAUAAUUGUAUGUAAACAAGAUAUAUUUUGUAUUGCAAAUAGGGACUAAGAACAAGAUGGAAAAUGCAGCAGUGGUUGCAUUUAGGCUUUUUUGUUGCACAAAUACAGUAACUUUUUUUUUUUUAAAUUAACAAUUUUUGUAUUUUUUAUUUAUUUAAAAAAAAAAGCUGUCUCGCAAGACCUUAAAUCUCCACAAUGUCACUGCAGGUGCAAGCAUACAGCUCUGCUUCAGGACACCAGAGGGUAUGUUUGGGGAGUCCAGAGACUUCCAGUGGUUUGCUGAAUGUACCUAUAAAGUUAGUGCACAUUUUUCCACUUUCAGGACAAAGUUCUCCUCUCAGAUUGUCCACUCCAGCAUUCUGCACUUUCUUUGUACACGAAUCUAAUUCCCUGGGGCUGAAUUUUGCUCUUAAUCUAGUCUGGGUCUUUUAAAGAUACUUAAAAAUGUGGUUAACAUCUAUGUUUAAUCUUUCUGUCAUCAGCUAGCUUUCAGGCACCAUUAAUAGGGCUAAUAAACUAAUGAAUUAAGGUCCAGUAUCUAGUAAAAUGUCUCAGAUGUCACAAGUGCUUCAGAAGGUACUUAGCUGAAUUCUUGCUGGAAUCCCUGUCUUUGGUACGUUUGAGAAUUUAUAAAGAAAAUAUUAGCAUAAUUUCUAUGCCAGUUUGGUGUAUUAUAACACUUCUCUUUUUUAUGCAAAGAAAUUAUUGCAUGUUUUAGUUAAUUGUAGGAUUUUGAUACUUUCAUCCUCCUAAGACUUUGUAAACAGGGCAGAGGAAGCUAGGGUCAGGAGUGGGGAGAGUACCAGUGUCACAAGGGCUGCAAAGACCUGGACCCCAAAGCUACAAACACCAAAAAGUUGCCUUUGAUAAAGGGCUAUGUUCACCAUUCUCCUAGACAUUGGAAGACGGCUGGGAUUUACUGCUCUCAUUUCAGACAUCAGCAAGCCAGAGUUGGGUUGCUAUAUUGAUUUUUAUAAAUGAAUACAAAAUUCUCUUCUCUUAAAUACUUUGUGCAUGUAUACGCAAAUAUAUAAAUGAAUUGUUUUAUUUUUUUAAAGCCAAUGAUAAGUUGUCAGUUCUAAGUGGUUCUAAUAUUCUCUACAGUCUUGUUAUUGUUUGGUACUCUCUCUUCAGAAAUAGCUUGUGAACAGCUAUUUGCAUUCUGGAGACUCAGAGUAAAAUAUUCUGAUUUAAUAAAGAACACUUUAUUUUAAAAA